UGCACAAAAUCACUGUCGGAGCAACCAUGAAGGCGCUGGGUGUGAUCCCAGCGCGCUUGGGCUCAACGCGCUUCCCUGGGAAGCCGUUGGCCGAGUUCUUCGGCAAGUCCAUGAUCGAACACACUUACUCAGCAGCAGUGGGGUCGAAGUUCCUGUCGAAAGUGGUGGUGGCAAGUGAUAGCGAGCGCGUGUUGCGGGUCAUACAAGGCGUUGGUGGCGAUACGGUGCUCACUGGAGCCUGCAACACGGGCACGGAUCGUAUCGUGCAAGCGCUGCAUAUUAUGGACCCCAAGGAACUGAGCGAGUAUGACAUUGUGGUGAACAUUCAGGGCGACGAGCCAGGCGUGAACCCAAAACACAUUGAUCUGUGCAUCAAGGCCUUGCGUGGCGCUGGACCCGAUAGCGUCAUGAGCACGCUGGCUACACCGAUAUUUAGCGAGCAAGACGCCCGCAGUCGAGAUAUUGUCAAGUGUGUUGCCGACCGUAAUAGCAAUGCGCUCUACUUCUCGCGAGCAAUGAUUCCGCACUCCAAGAGCGGCAAGUUUUCGCCUGAAACGACGUCAUAUCUGCGUCACGUUGGAAUGUACGCGUUCCGCAAGGAUUUCUUGCUGGAGUUCCCGACGCUUCCUCCAUCGGAUCUUGAAGAAUCUGAAGAUCUCGAGCAGCUUCGUGUGCUUUCGGCAGGUUAUCGGAUCCAGUUGGUGCAAGUCGAUUCGACCUUGCCUGGCGUCGAUACUCGAGCAGACCUUGAGGACCUGAAGGCGCGGUGGCCUGCACAUGUAUAAACCAAUUAGACGGACCGUUAGAGACUACCAAGAAACCCAUUUUUGAGAUGGUACCAGGUACACAAAAUAAACCUUACAAAUAUCAAGUCAUUUAAUCGUA